AAGAUCAAUAUAGAGAGAGAGGGUGGCUUUUUUUUUUUUUAUUUCUUUUUUUUGCGUAGUUUAUGUUCUGGGUGUCGUUGAAAGCUUUUGUCUUUUGAUUUCUGGAAGCGAAAAUAUUGUUUUGUAAGAAUAUAUGGCGACGGAGGUUCUGAGUAAGACAAAUCUGUGGGCUUCUGCCCACCAAUACAAUCCAGAUCGAAGAAGAAAUAGUGUUCAUGGUUUAGCGAAAAACUGCAACUUUAGUGGGUUUUCUUCUCCGAAGGUGAAACCCUUACGGUGUUUAGGAUCGCAGACGGCGUCGUUCCCCCACAGUGAUUUUCAUGGAAAGAGGGUGGUUCGAUGGGCAAAUCAAGGGAAGCCUGAGCGAGAACAAUUUCAAGUUUCCAUUUCUGCACAGAGCGGUCUAAUUGGGAAGGCUCAUAAAUGGUGGGAGAGGGGGCUACAACCCAACAUGAAAGAGGUUACUUCUACUCAAGAACAUGUGGAUUCUCUUUCGAAUGCAGGGGACAAACUUGUUAUUGUUGAUUUUUUCUCCCCUGGUUGUGGUGGAUGCAAAGCUCUUCAUCCCAAGAUAUGUCAAUUUGCAGAGAUGAACCCAGAUCUGCAGUUUCUUCAGGUGAAUUAUGAGGAGCACAAAUCCAUGUGUUAUAGCCUCCAUAUUCAUGUCUUGCCCUUCUUCCGGUUCUACAGAGGAGCUGAUGGCCGUGUGUGCAGUUUUAGUUGUACUAAUGCUACGAUCAAGAAAUUCAAAGAUGCAUUGGCCAAGUACAACACAGAGAGUGUCAGCACUGGGCCUGCCAAAGGGUUGGAGGAGAAAGAGCUUGUAGCAUUGGCUGCUAACAAAGAUCUCAACUUUACAUAUACACCCAAAGCAGAUCAACUGGAGGCGCCCCGAGAACUGGAAGUGGUGCCGGCAGAAGUAGCCUUUUCUCAUCCAGGUUCAAAGAUCUCCACUCAUCUCCCUUCAACAACCCUAAACUCUCCCAAGGAUGUUGAGGAGAAAACUUUGGUAACUGCCGGUAGAUGAUUUGGUUACUUCCAACCGACGCCGUUAUCUUCCUUAUACCCUCUUUGUACAGGAGUAUUUCAUGUAAUAUUGAUGUUAGAGAUGAUCAAGCGUGUAAGUCUUUUGAGUCAAUACUGUGUUUGUUCCCAUAGAGUUGCAGGCUUUAGGAUUUAUUUUUUUGAAUCCCAGCCUGAUGAAGAUGUUUGAAGAGCAGAUAUAUAUAUCUCACUGUCAUUGGGGUUGCUCUAGGAAGCCCCCCCUUGCUGUUGUAAAAAUCCCAUCUUUCUAUCAGUUUAUAGAGAUCAUAUUUUAUGUCAACACUUUUGUCUU